AUGUCACCGGAGGAUCUAGCUAAAGGCGACAGAGGUAAAAGGACAGCCCUUCACCGGGCUGCAGCAGUUGGCAAUAUUGAGGCUGCCAAACUGUUAGUGGAGAAGAAACGAUACCUUCCAAAUGCUGAGACGGUUCAAAAACGAAUACCUUUGUACUUUGCUGCUACUCAUCGGAAUAAUGAAAUGGUUACUUACUUGUUGAUCAUGACUGAAGAUGAGGCAAAAGCCAAUUACUCAUCGCCAAGUUAUCAAAAGCCUGACCGGUGGAAUUCUAAACCAUUUGAGGGUGAAUCGGGCUUCAGAAUUUUGCAUCAGCUGAUACUCAACGAAUUUUAUGAUGUUCCUGUGAAAUUGGAAAACAAUGGUGAGCAUCAUAAUGGAGGAGACAUUGAGUGUCCUGCGGGCUCUUUCACUUCUGUAGCUGAUGCUAAUGGUAAAGAUCUACCUGGACUUCCUCUAGAUCGUGAGGUAGAAUUUUUCACUAACUUGGUCCCUGACACAGCACUUACUUCUAAAGCGCCCUAUAGAAUGGCACCGUUGGAGUUGAGGAAGUUACAAGAGUUGUUAGUCAAAGGUUUUAUUGGGCCCAGUGUUUCACCUUGGAGAGCACCUGUGUUGUUUGUGAAGAAGAAUGAUAGGUCUAUGAGGUUGUGUAUUAACAAUAGGGAAUUUAACAAAGUCAUAUUGAAGAAUAGGUAUUCUUUGCCACGUAUUGAUGACCUAUUUGACCAAUUGCAGGGAGCUCAGGACAUCCGGGAAAAAAAAUUGGUACAUAAACAAGCUGUUGAGCUUGUCAAAUUGCUUUGCGAUCAAAUUGCAAAUGCAAAUUACUCAAAAGCAAAACAGAUAUUUUCACUAUCGUUAGUCCAAGCAACAUCUGUUGGGAUUUAUGAAAUUGUUCAAGAGAUUUUAAUAUCAUACCCUGAUGCAAUUUCUCUUCAAAACGGGAAAAACCAAUCCAUAUUCCAUCAAGCAAUCAUGUGGCGCCAUGAACAAGUGUUCAACCUCAUUCAUCAAAUUGGAAAGUCCAGAACUGUAUUUUUGGGACAAUGUGAUGACUCCCAGAACAAUGCUCUGCAUUUGGCUGGAUUUUUGGCUCCUCAGGAGCAACUAUAUCGCAGAGCCGGUGCAGCUCUACAAAUGUAG